AUGAAUGUACUUCGGCAGGCUCGAUUGAAAGACAAAAACGACUUACGAGUGUCACCUACACAUCAGUCGGGUGAGCCAAGACAGUUGGGCCGUAGCAUUAGCCUUGCCACCCCUGCCUCGGCCAAAGUCGAAACAGUUGCUACUUCACGAAAGAACCGCGUAUCAUCCGGCGGAACAUCCAAGGAAGUUGAUCCCAAAAAACCAACAAAAGCCGUCUUGCAGCGCGACAAAGGUCCGUUGGAGCCGCACGACGAGGUUUUCUCAUCCAACCCGCAGGAUGUACCUCGAUUUGAGGAACUCUUGCUUAGAGCUGGAGAGGAAUUCCCAAUGCUACAGUCACUGUUGGAUGGACCAACAGAAGAAGAGGCUGCCAAGGCUUUGCAUCGAUAUCACGCGGGGCUCUUAGAUAGUUUGAAGAUCGAGGUUCACACGUUGAAAAGUACACUGCGAGCUAGUCGGACCGAGGUGGAGAGCCUGAGGACGGAGGUUAACAGCAAGCACCAACAGAUGUUGAAAGCUCAAGACAUGCUGGGCGAGCAAGUUGUAAUCCACGAACAAGAAAAGCGCUAUCUCGAGGCCCGAAUACACGAUGGUUCACAGCAACAGGAUAAAGAGAACAAGUCAACCAAGGCAUCUUCCGAAGGACAAUUAGGUGCGGCUCGUCAAGAGGAGGAGCAAAAGCGGUAUGAGCAAAAGAUUAGCACUCUUAAAGACCAGAUGAGCGAAGAACACUGGAAGUGGGACGCGCACUUGCGAGAAGUGAAAGACACCUACGAAACUCGCAUAAAAGAUCUAGAGGUUAGCUUUGCCGAGCGGAUGAAGAACGAAUACGAGCAACAUUGCGAACAAACGCGGCAAGAGAUGGGGAAACAUCAAGUGACAGUGAAUGAGUAUCAGUCAAAUGUCGCUCGAUUGAAGCUCAAUGCGGAACAAGAAGGACGGCUGUUGCACGAAGAUUUACAAACUCAGCGAGAGAAACUUCGAGAAGAACAAAAGCGACAUGAGAAGAACCUCAAACGACAGGAAGCCGGACUGACCAAGAAGCACACGCAAGAGAUCUUGCAGCUUCAGACCACCCUGGUGGAGCAGAGACAAGAACUUUCUCAUCUCAGACAUGUCAAGGCCAACGCUGACGAAGAAAGACUGCGCAUGCGCGAUGAAGUACGGGCGAAAACCACUCAGUUCAGCGAGGAACGACAACGACUUCGAGAAUUGCUCAAGAAACAAAACGCUGAGCUGGUAGAGAAACAUGCCCUCGAGAUUGUGCAGCUUCGUCUAGCAAACGAGGAGUUAAAGCAGGCAUUCAUCGACAAGGCCUACCCACAGCGCACGAAAGCUCGAAGUGUUAAGGUACAAGACUUCACGAAUCUAGAAUGGGACAUGCGCCGUGAAGUGGAAUGGCCAUUCUCCAACGACCAACUGUUACGCAUCCACAAAGUCAAUACAAGGGUGUUAAAGAAGGCUAUCCUGCAGAAUACUAUGUGGACUCUACUAUACACGCACGUGUUUUAUGUUACACAGUGGCCUAGUAUACCUGCGGCAACUGAAGCCCGUCGCUACGAGGCGGCCAGGGCGGUUCUCGAUCUAAUGAACCCAUCAAGUGAAACCACACCUGAUGAGAAAAAGCUGAAAGCCAGCUAUGAAGCUACCAUCACCUCGCUUCUGAGUGCAAUACACCAGGUACUAUCUAAGAUAGCUGUUCUCGAACCGAAGGACGCCGAGGCGUUAGAGACUCUUAUACGCCUCUGCGCGAAGACAUGGAUGGAACUCUGCUCGCAACCAUACAGAGUAAUGAUGAUCCUGCCACCAGGAAGCGGUGACCUGCUGUCGUCGCCACAUCCCGAUGAAAGGCCACUCAAACUGAUCGUUAGCCCAGAACUGAAGAGGUAUGGAAAUAUGCAGGGCGAAGACUUGAUGAAGGGUGAGGUUUUCACGAGGUGUCAGGCUGUUGUGCAGCAGUACCCGGUCGAGCCAACAGGUUCUUGA